AUGCUGGUCGGAAUGCGGCCCUCUAUCUUCACCCCUGUAUUCUUGCUACUUCUCUCCGAUCAAGUAUAUGAGGACAUUCAGUUGAUUCCCGUCGCCGGGCAGCUUCAAAAUGCUACCGUCGACCCUGAUGAUGGCGCGGAAAAUUCCACCCUCAACGUGCCACAACCGCUCUAUCGUCAUCUGAAGGCUGACAAGGAUGCCUGCGCCGAGGGUACGGUAUUCUGCGCGGGCGUAUACGAGACUGUGCCGAAUAUCCCGGUGCGCCUUCAAGACUUCCUGUCCCCUCCGAUGCUGCUAAUGCUGCUACCGUACGCCGGCUGCUACCGUAACUCGAGCGUGGCCGCGCCGGCGAACCGAUGCAAAUGCUCAGCGCAUGCGUCGAAUUUCACAGCCGAGACGUCGCUCGUCUACACGGUCAGCGCCGAGCUCGAGGAGUUGCAGGGGCAGCUGUGGAAUGGAAGCAUGCGAACGUGUCGCGGGCUCGAUGCUGACGCGUUGCGGCCGCGUCACGCCACGCUCCGGGUCUAUGAGCGCUACACUCGUUCCUCCGCCGCCACCACCAACGUCAUCUACUCGCAGCUGAUCACCAUCGUUUGCCUCUACGUCUCCAUUUCUCUGCGCUCUCUCGCUCUC